AUGGCAUCAGCACCAUCCUCUUCCCCGAACUCCUCCUCAGGCUCGACCGCAGCCACUUCGACCGCCGAUCAGGCUACCGCUCCGGCUACACUCACAGACCAGUCCCACCCAGCACCAGUAUUUAAGCAAAGCGCGCCGCGGAACCCUCCAUUCUGCAUCGCCACCCAGAUCAAACCGCAUUGGAAUCUCCUUGUCGAUCCCCAUGAGCCUUUGGCCAUGGACAUCGAAUUCCAAGACUGGAAGAAAGAUGGUAGACGGUCGAAUCGACUAGGCCGAGUAGCUGUCACCAACACUCUCGGUCAAGUCAUCCUUGACACCUUCGUCUACUACAAGAACGAGAAACACCUCGGCAUAGAAAAAGUCCUUCCCGCCGAGUGGCGAGGUUUUGGCGUAACCCACGAGGACUUGAAGAAAGACAACGAUGCCCAGCCUGCGGAGAGGGUCGAGGGCUGGCUCGUCCGCAUACUCACCGGCCGCCCUGUCGUCCUACAUGGUGGUUCAAACGACAAGAAGGCCUUCUACAUUCAUGAGGACUUCCUAUUCAACCACCCGCAAGUCGUCGAUACCCAGGUCUUGUAUUCGUACGAGGUUGACAACAAUCGUCAGCCUGGUCUCAGGGCUUGCGCGCAGGAUGUGCUUGGGAAGACGAUUCAAGUAGAUAACCACAGUCCGGUCGAAGAUGCCCAAACCACCAUGGAGCUGUAUCUGCUGAAGCAGCCAUACCAAAGGCCAGCAAUGCAGACUGCCCAGCGAGGCGGUCGAGGCGGCUCUCGUGGUCGCGGCGGUCGUGGUCGUGGGGGCCGUGGAGGUUGGUCUCGAGGACGCGGCAACGCUGGCAAGUGA